AUGAGGUCUUUUUUUGCUCUAAGCUACCUACCCCUGGUGGCUUUGAGUCAGUUUCUCGACUAUGACAAGUUUAAUAGCUACGCCGACAUUGACUUUUGGCUACGCCAGCUAGGGGCUGAUGUAUUUGGACUUACUCACGAGGGAAGAAAUUUACGAGCUUAUGAGAAGACGAAUUUUUCAAAUGAAAAGCUCAUCGCGAUUCAAUGCGGAGCCAAGGGAAAUGACCAGCUCGGUGUCGCAUCCUGUAUCAAGUUGAUCGACGAUCUCUCUAGCGGAAGGAAUCCCUAUUUCGAAGACUUUAACUGGCUAGUAAUCCCCCUUCUCAAUCCAGACGGUUAUGAUUACGCGCAAACUUCAGACAAGUUCUGGACGAAGAACAGACAGCGACACGGAGACGGAUCUGGCUGCGUUGGAACCGCUAUUCAAAACAACUUCAACACGAGCAGUUGGAGUUACGGAUUCGUGGACAACAAUCCCUGUUCUGAUCAAUUCGCAGGAUACGAACCCAGUAGCGAGAAAGAAACAGAAGCGCUGGAGGAUCUAUUGAGACGGCCAAGCAAAUUCCCUGAUCAGUUCUUAUCUGUUGAAGCUGACGGAAGCCUGGUGGCUGUUUCCUGGCCAUAUUCCUCCGACAAACAGUCCCGAUUUUGGAAUGAGCUGGAGCCAUGGGCUCGAAAAAUUGCCCAAUCGAUGAGUCGAAAUUCAACAGAAAAGUACUCUUGGACUCAAGGAACCGGCGCUGGCGGACGACCAGAAGAUCACGUUCACGAGAUGGCCGAACGAUAUAGAAAUAUUCCCUCUUUCGGUGUGAAUCUAAAUUGCGAUUCGUGCGAGGAAGAUGAAAUUUCUCAAGCCUACGCUGAUCUCUACGCCGGCGUGGGAAUGGCAGUUGAUCAACUCAGCCGGCCGUAUUACCCCAACUUUCGAAAUAUUUUCGACUACAUCGCUUGGGACGAUGGCAUGUUCAAAUGGGACGUUGUCGAUUCCAAGGUCUACGAUGGAUUCGACUUCUACACCCUUAACAUUACCGCCCAGCAGUGGCUAACCGACCGGGACGUUCGCGCUCCAAUUUGGUGGCAUUUGCUCUGCAUCGCCGUUCCCCACAAUCUCGACCCGCAAAUGGCUGGAUCUGCCAUGCUAAUUAUUGAUGGUGGAUUCAACCCUAGCACUGGAGGCAACCCUAUUUAUCCAGAGGAAAAUCUCAACGCAGCGUUUGUUGGAAAAAUUGCCAAAGAAAGUGGAGCGAUUGCCGCGAAUAUCUACUUUGUUCCGAAUCAACGGGUGUAUUUCGUCGACGACUGGGACGAGUACUACAUCUCUCGUGGAAGAGGAGAGGAUGCAAUUAUCGCCUACACCUGGAAACGAUUCAUCGACACGCCCAAUUUAGGACCACAAAUCGACGAGCCACACUGGCUUCUUCGAUUCCCCAUGGUCAAGUCUGUCGUCAAAGGCAUGGACGCAAUCAGCCAGUUCAACAUGCAAGAAGGUCGCGAGGAAAUCAACAAGUUCACAAUCACCGGCGCGUCCAAACGAGGUUGGACGACUUGGAUCACUGGUGGUGUUGAUCCACGAGUGAAUGCGAUCAUGCCCGCUGUCGAGACCUUUGUGGGCAUGUCUGAUGUCUUGCACGGGCAUUUCCAAGCGCUGGGAGGCUGGAGCUUUGCUUUUGCGGACUAUAUGCGCGAGGAAUUGACAAAAUACAUGGACAGUUAUGAAUUCAACGAAAUGUGCAAGCACAUCGACCCAAUUAGCUAUAAGGACAACCUGACAAUGCCUAUAUACGCGAUCAUGUCCGCUGGGGAUGAGUUUUUCUUGCCCACUGAUGCUAAGUAUUUCUACGAUAAGUUGCCACAAGUUUAUCUCAGAACAAUGCCAAAUUGCGAACACGAAAUGAUCGGGCAAGGAAGAUCCUCUCCUUUUAUCCAGUGGGCGAUGACCUACUUCUUUCUGGCAGUAAACAAAGGACUCGAUAUUCCCCAAAUUUCUUGGACCACCGAUGACGAUGAUGAGCGAUUUGGAUUGAUUGCCGAAACAACCGGAGAUUGGGAAGCUGAGGGCGCUUUUCUCAAAGCCGGGGAAACACCAGACUCGAUUUCCGACUGGCAAGAGCUCGAUAUGAGGAUGACCCGCCACUGCCCGAUGCUAUUCUUGAAGAAUUCGAUUUCUUGGAGAAAAUUAAGAUCGAACGAAUUUGGUGGAAUCCGAAGAACCCGACCCAACUCGAUGAAAAUCGAGUAA